ACAACAUCAAGACUAAUUACUUAGGUGCUGGAGAAAAAUGCAAAAAAAAUUACAUAUGAAAAAAACACAAAAAAAUACACAGUUGUCACGAAACGCAAAAAGAUACGUAAUAUCUUCAACACAGCACCACACGGCAGGGUAGGAAGUUGUUUAAAGUAUGAAGAGCAGGAGCAGUAGCUCCGUAAGAAGUAGAUGAUUGCUACAACUUCCAAGACUUCCCAACUCCUAUAGUGUAAGUGCAUUUUUUGUUAUCAUGAUCGAUCUAUUUUCACCUGUUAUUCUCAUUGAUUUUCUAUUUCUUGUUUGUUCAUCUUCAUUCACAGUUUUACCCAUUAUGAGUCUGCUAACAAAUACAUAAUUCUCGAUCCAUUUCAUCACGCAGCAUUCAUUUGUAAAUUUCAUCAGUACUCCCCAAUCACUUUCGAACUUUUUAUAAGAAAGAGCUUUUUCUCGUCCUCAGCAGCAGUUCCUUCUUGGCAGCUAAAAAGCCUCAACUUAUCCCUGCUUGCCAAAAAUACUACGGGUAGUGUUUAAUUAAGUUGAUACUGAUAGAUUCACGCUAAGACUCAGAAUUCACUCUUCGUUAGCAUUUAGAUUGGCAGCUAAAAAGCCUCAAUUUAUCCCUGCUUGCCAAAAAUACUACGGGUAGUGUUUAAUUAAGUUAAAUGCUUAUCAUUUUUCACCAGUCUCUCUCUCUCUCUCUCUCUCAGCAGCAGUUCCUUCUAGUUUUUCUAAGGUUGGAGCCAAAGCAGCUCCACCAAGUUGUCCUCUUUUUGUUGAAGUAGCGCUAGACACAUGUGAAGAAAGAACAACUUUCAAGCGGUUCCAUGUGACCACUCUCAACAAACAAACAAACAUUUGUAAAUUACAAAACUUUUCACUUAUAAUUUUUGUAUAUGAGGAAUUUCCCCAUUCCAACCUUGACCUUUACAGUGUUUUGUUUUACGUUUUCAUGUUUUAUCUGUGUCCUAGUGUCAUCAAGCUACUGCACAUAAGUAUUCUUUACCAUGUAGAUGUGCGAUUUACUUAUCGAUGUAUUUGUAUAAUAUUUUUCUUUUUGUUUGUGUAUGGCGCUCGGCGGAUAAUUUCGCAUACCCGCAGAGCACUAGUGCCCUGAGGUCAGGCUCCGGCCGGUUGUUUUGUAGUCCUGUUCGACACGACCUGGUAGCUACCGGAGGCGAAGGGGCCGCUGCCGGGUGGUUGGGUCGUCGGGGGUUAGGACUAGUGCCAUGCGUGAGGAGGUAA